AUGGCAGUGGCCCUGCUGGAGGAGUGGUGUAAGAUCAUGGGUGUUGAUGUCCAGAAGUCACUGCUGGUGAUUGGCAUUCCAGUGGACUGUGGUGACCCUGAGAUCCGGACAGUCCUCCAGGAGGUGCUGAAGUGUGUGAGCAGCUACCAGCUACUAGGCAAGAUAUUCCAGAAGCAAGCCCACACCAGUGUUGUCUUACUAGACCUUAUGGAGGACACAGAUAUGUCUGUGGUCCCCAGAGAGGUGCAGGGAAAGGGAGGUGUCUGGAAAGUGAUCUUCAAGACUCCUAAUCAGGACACUGAGUUUCUCCAAAGACUGAACCUCUUUCUAGAAAAGGAAGGGCAGACAGUCGCAGGGAUGUUCGAAGCCCUUAAGCAUCAGGGAAUGUCUCCAGCUACCACACUCUGCACACCCCCUGAGUUUUUGGUGGGGCAGGCAAUGGUUCACGCCUAAAGGCCUCUGUUGCCUGUGAGGUACUAUAAGCUGAGAGUAUUCUCUGGGAGCACAGUAGAUACCCCAGAGGAGGAGCCUUUUGAGGUCUGGUUGGAACAGGAAAAACAGUGACCCAUUCCUGAGGCAGAAAAGGAAAGGUGGGUGACAGAGAGCCUCCGUGGCCCUGCCCUGGACCUCAAGCACAUAGUACAGGCAGACAACCCUUCCAUCAGUGCGGAAGAUUGUCUGGAGGUCUUUAAGCAGGUGUUUGGGAGCAUGGAGAGCCGUAGCACCUCACAGGUGAAAUACCUAAAAACCUAUAAGCAAGAAGGGGAGAAAAUCUCAGCCUACAUGCUCCGGCUGGAAACUCUGCUCUGGAGAGCUGUGGGAAAAAGGGCCAUCCCCCAGAACAUUGCUGACCAGGUAAGCCUGGAGCAGGUCAUGGCUGGAGCCAAUCUUAACAAUGUUCUGUGGUGCAGGCUACGGGAGUUGAAGAACCAGGGCCCACUACCCACCUUUUUGCAGCUGAUGAAGGUGAUACGUGAGGAAGAAGAAGAAGAAGCCUACUUUGAACCUGAGAGAAGGGAGGAGCAGGGGGAAAGGGAGGGCUCUGGCCGCUAGGAUAAUUCAAGAAACAGCUGA